UAUACGCAUAGUACGGGAACGACUACACGCUCGCACACACGCACACGCACGUUCGUCACGGAAUGGUCGGACCGUACGCGUAGUACCUAUCGUGGUGUCGCCGCAGCUAUCUUAUUGUUUUUUUUUUUUUUUCGUUAUUAUUGUUAUUAUUUGUUAUUAUUAUUAUUACGUGUGUGUCGUAGCCGUGUGUGUUCGCGCCGCCGGUACAAGAAAAUGAUGUUUUCUCGUUGUCGUCGUGUCGACCAGUGCGAUCGUCGUCGGGUGUAGUCGGAUCACCGCCGCGUUCUCUCGUCUCGUUAAAUGAUAUCGCCGUCACCGUGCAGUCGCCAUCAACGUCGAUCGCAACAACAACGGCCGCAGACGCAUCAAAUGCGAGAAACGUCUUUUGCCAGUGACCGUCGUCCGAAGCGAUUGUUGACACAAUAACAAUAACAAUCGUCGUCCGCGAACCCGUUGCCGCCGCCGCCGCUGUCACGACGGUCGUGUUCGUGUGCGCGUGUGUUUCGUCUUCUUGGCUUCACCGUCGACUGCGUGUAUUGUUUUGUUCGGCUUGGGCCUGUGACAAGUCGUGUCCAUCGCGCCGCUGGCGUGUGUCCGAGACGAUCCAGUGCGUUUUGGGUCUGAUGUCUAAUGUCGACAUCACCACAGACGUUGUGCAAACGCCUUGCCGGGGAACAAAUUUUUGAGUCCAAAGUUACCAGUGGCGUAAGCAUCAGUGAUGACCCGGGCUCAUUGGACUAUUACGUAAAUGUCCACUGAUCGUGAUCUGCAGCCAUUCGCUACUGCACACUUACUGCACACUGUUCGGACAAUGUGCCAGUUGCUAUUCGUCUGUUGAUGAAACGACAAUCGAGCGACAGUGGCUACAUCAAUAUUACCAUCAACGGAAAACAGUGAACAUGGAUUUACAGCACAUAUUGUUAUAGCAAAUAUAAAAGUGAGUCAAAUAGGAGAUGGCAAGAUUGAUGAAUAGUGCAAAUGUCAAACUUGUAUUCUUCUUGUUGGCUGUUUUGUUUUCUGUCACCUUAGCUAAAGAUACUUCUCGUUAUGAUACUGUUUACGCCUGUGAAGGAAAACCUCUUAAAUUGGAGUGUAAAGAUGGUGAAAUUAUUCAUUUGGAUAGGGCGAUAUAUGGUAGAUAUUCUAUUACUGUAUGUAAUGAUCAUGGCAAUACAGAUUGGAGUGUUAAUUGCAUGUCCACGAAUACUUUACCUCUAUUGCAAGCCAGAUGCAACGAAAAAAGGAAUUGCAGUAUUCAAGCAAAUACAAGUUUGUUUUCUGAUCCGUGCCCUGGUACUAUGAAAUAUCUUGAGGCACAAUAUCAUUGUGUUCCUGCAUCUUUAUCAACUACAACACUAAGGCCAAACCCUCCAUGGUUUACAACAUCACAACCCAGUGUUUGGAAUGCGGAUAAGUUAUUAACUCUUAAACCGGCAACACCAAUUCCACCAAUGUUAUCAUCACCACAGUCAGAUGAUAUUGUUGAGUCUAGUGUUGAAGAAGAACCCGUAUCAGUUUCAACUACUACAAGUACAAGUACAGCAGCUACAUCAGAAAACUCCAUUAUUAAUAAUUAUAAAGAAAAUAAUACUAAGACUGAUAACGAACAACAUUUACGAUCAACAGGUGCAGUUACGACUGAAUGGAUUGUACCUACUAGUGAUUUACCACCACAGUUAAGUAUAAUUGAUGUUGAAGGAAUAGAUGAUAUGUCGUGUUCUCCUGAAACGUCAAGAAGUUUAUUUUGGAAUUGGACUAAAUCAGGAGAAGAAGCUGUUCAGCCAUGUCCUGGUGGUGCUGCUGGUGUAGCAAGAUGGCGAUGUCAGACUUUUAUUAAAGGAGUGACAUUUAGGUCACCUCCUACUCCAGAUCUUUCUGAGUGUCGUUCUGUAUGGUUAUCAAGCUUAGAAGGUAGACUUCAUCAAGGAGAUUCUAUUAUUAAUAUUGCCAACGAUCUCUCUCAGGUGACUGACAGUAAACCUUUAUAUGGUGGUGACAUGAUGACAACAACAAAAAUGUUAAGAGAUGUUGCUCAAAAAAUGGAAAAAGAUAUGGUAACGUUCCCAGACAAGCAACAGCAAGAAGCUAUGGUUUUUGAUUUGUUACAAUAUGUUGUGCGGAUUGGAAGUAAUUUGCUUAAUUCAUCUCAAUAUCCUUCUUGGAAGGAUCUACCAUUUAGUGAACAAAUGCGUGUAGCUACAAAUUUAUUGAUUGGCUUAGAAGAAAAUUCAUUUCUUCUUGCUGAUAUUUUAAUAAAAGAAAAAACAAUUACUCAUAAUGUUCCAAAUAUCUUGUUGAGCAUAAGAGUUAUAGCUACAAACAAUGUUGAUACUGAAGUUUUUCCACAUCCACAUGAGAAUGGAAUUUUUAUGAAUAAUACCUGGUUACAGUUACAUAAAUCAGCCUUACUUGAAAACAGUGAAUCUGGAUAUAUAAGACUAGUUUAUAUAGCAUUUGAUAGUUUAGAAAAUAUACUUCAACCUCAAAUGGCUAAUGGUAUGCGUAUUAUAAAUAGCAAAAUUGUGUCUGCAUCUCUUGGCAAAGGAAAACAUAUUCAGUUACAUCAACCGGUCACAUUAUGUUUUCAACAUCUUCAGAUCGACAAUGUUAGUAAUCCUACUUGUGUUUUUUGGGAUUAUACAGAAAAUGGAUGGUCUGAAGAAGGAUGUUCAGUUAUAUAUUCUAAUCAAACGCAUACAUUAUGUCAAUGUAAUCAUUUAACAAAUUUUGCUAUACUAAUGGACCUCAAAAAUGCUGAUAGUGAAUCCUUAAGAAUUGCAUCAAAUAACAUGGCUAUGUAUGUUAGUUGUAUAUUUUCUGGAAUUUGUUUUCUUUUGGCUGCUAUUACUCUUCAGCUAACUGUUAAAUCAAAUCGAACAGUGAUUUUGAAAAAUGUGUUUUUCUGCCUCUUUUUGGUUGAAUGUUUUUUCAUGUUUGGAAUAACACAAGAGAAUAUCGUAUUCAUUUGUACAAUAAUGGCUGCUAUUUUACAUAUUCUGUUAUUAUGUUCUUUUACAUGGACAUUAAUUGAAGGAUUCCAUUUGUAUGCUACAUUAAUUGAAGCAUUUGAUUCAGAAAAAUUACAAAUGCGUUUAUAUUAUUUGAUUGGCUAUGGAAUUCCAUUAACAGUUGUUAUUGUAGCUUGUUAUAUGGAUCCUAUUAUCUAUAGUACAAAUAAUUCUUUUUGCCUUCAAGCCAAUACUAUUAUUAUUUAUAGUAUAAUGUUUGUGGUUGUUGUAAAUCUAGUCUUUUUAUGUUUAUCAUUAUAUAUAAUCAAAAGUAAUUCCACUAUGAUGUCUAUCAAAUGUAAAGAAAAUGUAAAAAUAACAUCUUUGAAAAUGUGGUUAAAAAGUGCAAUUUUAUUGUUUGUUUUCAUAACAUUAACAUGGACUUUAGCAUUUCUUUACAUAGCAUCAUAUUCUACAUUUAUGUUGUAUUUAUUUUCUGCAGUAAAUUGUUCACAGGGAUUGUUAAUUAUUAUACUUUACUGCAUUAAAAAUAAUUCAGUGUAUAAGGUAUUUUCUGAGUUAACUAUAAUUUCAUUUUUACCAUGGCAAUGUUGUUUAUUAAAUUCUACCCCAGAGUUGGAUUUAAAUUAUAAAAAUCAGAGAACUAGUUUGUAUGGUACAUCAGUUGGUCAAAACAGUCAAGGCAGUAUAGCUGAGUCUUCAACCCCACGAUCUCUGUCAUCUCAUCGAAUGAAUACAUUUCAUCAACCUCACGAGAGACAUGCAGUAACUAAAGUUGUUGAUAUUCAAAAUGAAAUAGACCUGCCAAGUUUAGAAAACUCCUUGUCAAAUGAAGAUCAUAAAUCUGGCAUUUGUGGUGCAACGUUACCAUACUCACGUUCUUGUCAAAAAAGUUAUACGCGAACUAAAUUGCCAAAAAAUAAUGCUGUUUUUAGUGGUACUCUUCAUAAACAGUCAUCACUGAGUAAACCUAAUAUACAAGAUAACUGUUUCACUCUAAAUAAACCGCCUUAUGUACAUACUAAUCGUGGGGAACCUAAAAUGUGUUCACUUCGAUGUAAUACUAUUGGUGAUGGUUUUGUUGAUAAUAAUUGUUCAUCAAAAAAGUACAUUGGUGUGAGUGGCGUUCGAGCCACCAGUCCAUGGAACCACACAUAUUCUGAAAUAAUGGGUGGUAUAUCUGCUUCUGCUGGAAUAGAUGAUCCAGUUUAUGAAGAAAUAGAACGAGAACGUGAACGAGAGCGAGAACAAGCUGCUCUUGUAUCUGAUUUAAGCGAUGAAGAUGGUCGACGAAACAGUGAUAUGAGUCGUCAGUCAUCAAAAAGUUAUGGAGAUCAUAGGCCACUUAUUAUGGCUCCUACUCAAAAUCCAGAAGCUCAUAAUUUCCAUACAGCUCUUAAUGCAGCAUUUAGGCAACAACUUAAAGAACAAACUGCUAGGACGAUUGCUGUACUAGAUGGGCAAACAGUUGUGUGUCAUUUGCAACCUGAACAAAAUGAUGUGUUUAACCCCCAAAAUAUUCAACAUUAUUCGUAUGAAUGUUGAUAGCCUUUUAGGAGGGUACCUAUUAAUAACUUUCAUUGAUGUAAAUAUACUUUUAUACUGCUGAACCUUAAACAUAUUUCCAUUAAAGUUACAUUAAGGAUUUAUAUAAAUGCAUUUAAUUUGAAAUUAAAUAGGUUAUAAAUGAUCAAACCCAUACUGAUUUGUUAUUUACAGAAAAUUUACUUUUUUAAUAGAUUCUAAUAAGAAAGCAUACAAUGAUAUCCAUUAAAAACUUAUUACAACUACAAUUUAACCAAGUGCUCAUAUUGUAUUUAAGAUCUUAAAAUAUGACACAAUACUUCUUUAUGAGUAUGAUUUAUAAAUCCCAUAAUUUUUAUUCUACAAC